UUUAAUUUCUACUACAUCUAAUAUUAUCGUUGACGAACGUUGACGUGACAAUGACAAUGACAAUGAGAGAAAAAAACAUUGUCACGUCAACAGACACCUGUCAUUAACAUUUCAAAGGCUAACCGCCACAUGCAAAGCAACUCAUAGGCUUUUCGAUCAAUUUAUUGUGUGUGUGCCUUUAUCAAAAAGAAAAUUGUUGCGUGCCCUUAUCAAAAAGAAAAACGCUUGUGUGCCCUGUAACCGCCUCUUCCCCACGUUUAGGAAAAUGUAGGAAAACGAAACACGAACUUGUUCGCCAACCCAACACCACCCCCAAAACGGUGUCUCCUCCACAAUUCUUUCUUCUACAACCAGUCCCUGCAACUUCUCUCAAUUCAAUCCCAUCCCACACACAAACAUGGACCGCUUCUCAGAUUUACCCGAGCCCCUCCUCGUCACCAUAAUCUCCUUCUUGCCCUUCAAAGAAGCAGCAAGAACCUCUCUUUUCUCCAAGCGUUGGCGCCACCUUUGGCGUUCCACCCAAACCAUCGACUUCAACGCGCGUUUCUUCAUCAACGUCGACGCAAGCAGAGAGGUGCAGAGACAAGUCUUCCUUGAUUUUGUGCGGCACUGGAUCGCAAACUACCAACAACCCACUAUAAGCAAAUUCUCUCUCGCACUCUCUCAGCCGAGAAAUUCCCAAAUGGUCGUGGAAAAUUGCAUCACCUUUUCUCUUGCGCGCAACGUCAAACACCUGGUGCUUGAUUUUUCUGACCCCACAUGGAAUGAAGAUGACUUUGAAGGUCUUGCCGAUCCGACGUCGUAUGAGUUGCCUCUCUCUGUUUAUGGCCAUGAACAAGUUCUUGAAUCUCUGACUCUGUUUUCUUGCAAGUUUAAUCCUUCUGGGUUCAAGAAUUUUGGGUUGCUUCAAGAAGUUUCGUUGGGUUGGGUUGAAGUGGGAGCAUGCACUCUCAAUGCUUUGCUUGUGAACUGUGGGUAUCUUGAGAGUUUGAGCUUGAAACACUGUUGGAGCAUGGAGAACUUCCUUCGUGUUUGUGGAAGGGGCUUAAGGCUGAAAACUUUGGUGGUUUAUAAGUGCAGGUUUUAUCAUCCUUGUUUUGUAGUUGAGGUACCAAAUCUGAGUUGCUUGAGGUACACUGGGACCCUGCCAAGUUUUGAUAUAUCCAGAAAUAAUAGAGGCUUAGAUGAGGUGGAGCUUGACUUUGGGCUUGAGUCUGUGUGCAGUUGUUCUAUGGCUGAUUUUCUCUAUAAGCUCUUCUUUCAAGUCUUCCCCUUGAGGGCAUUGACUGUUUGCACCUACAUACUUCAGGUUGUUAGCAUGGGAGAGGAUUUCAUUGGUAUGGAGCCGUCUUUUCCCCUUACACACUUGACAUUAAAAACAGCAAUGCAUGACUACGAACAAGUCGGCAUCCGAUAUUUCUUGAAUAGCUGUCCUCAUUUGGAAACUCUUGAGAUCCAAUUAGGCCCCGGCAGAAUUUUUCAUGAUGAUUAUGAAGCUCCAUAUAAUCCACUGGAUCCUCAUGAACUGUGGAUCCGCCAUCCAGUAGUUUUCUCGUGCGUGACUCAAACUUUGAGGGAGGUUGAGAUCAAGGGUUUCAAGGGGACACCAAAUGAGAUUUACGUGCUGAACUAUCUGGUCACCAAUGGCCGUGUCAUGAAAAAGCUUACUGUGAUUACUUCCAGGGAAAUGAGCAAUCGAGGAAACCCAACAGUUUAUCGGAAUAUUGCCAAAGAAGCGCUUAUGAUCAAAAGUGCCUCGCAAAAUCUGCUCAUAACGUUCGUCUUCUAUAAAAGAAAAUUCUUCAAUCUCACCCCACAAACAGAGUCAAACAUGGACCGGCUCUCAACUUUGCCUGAGCCUCUCCUUCUCAUCAUAAUCUCACUUUUGCCCUUCAAAGAAGCCGUAAGAACCUGCGUUUUGUCCACCAGUUGGCGUCACCUUUGGCGUUCAACCGCAAACAUUGAGUUCAAUGAACAUUUCUUUGCGAACGUCGAUGCAAGGAGAGAAAUUCAGAGACAAGUUUUCAUUGACUUUGCGCAGCAAUGGAUUGCAAACUACCAAGAAGACAACAUAGAUAAGUUUUCUCUCACAUUUUCUCACCCUAGAAAUUCCCAAAUCUUCGUCGAAAACUGUCUCAAGUUUUCUCUUGCUCGCCAUGUCAAACACUUGGGGCUUGAUUUCUCUGAACCCACCUGGGAUUUAUCUGAUCCUGGCGACAACCCUCAUCCGGUGUCGUUUGAUCUGCCUUCCCAAGUCUACAGCCAUCAUGUUCUUGAGUCUUUAACUCUUUCUUCCUACAAUUUUGUUGUGUCUGAGUUCAAGAACUUUAGGUUCCUUAAACAUGUUUCUUUGGCUUGGGUUGAAUUUAGGGCUUCUACUGUCAAGGCUCUGUUAGUUAACUGUGGGCUGCUUGAGAGUCUAAAUCUAAAGCAGUGUUGGAACACCAACAGCGUUGAUGUCUGUGGACAGGACUUAAAGCUAACCUCUUUGGUUGUCGAUAGGUGCAUGUGUUCGGGUUAUCAGAGGAUUUCAAUUGAGGCAUCGAACCUAAAAUAUUUGAGAUUUGCUGGCUUUGUGGCCAUCUUUGAUGUGAACUCAACUGGAGGCUUGGAAGAAGUUGACCUUGAUUUUGGUCUUGCUUCUAUGUGUGAUGAAGAUAGUGGUUAUCUUCUUUAUGACCUCCUGUGUGAAGUUUACCCUUCGAGGGCUUUGACUGUUUGCAGUUACACGCUCCAGGCUAUUACCAUGGGACCGGAGCCAAUUGGUAUGGAACCGCGUUUGAGCGUCACAAACUUGACCUUAAAGACUGCUAUGCAUUACAAUGAACAAAAGGGGAUCAAGUUUUUCCUAACUAGUUGUCCUCUGUUGGAGACUCUCACCAUCGACAUACGACGCGGGACAAUUUUUCUCCAUGAAGAUGAAGCUCCAUUUCAUGCACUCAACCCUUUUGAUGUUUGGAUCGAAAACCCGAUAGUUUACUCUUGCAUAAUCCGAACUCUGAGAGAGGUGGAGAUCAAGGGCUUCAAGGGGACACAAAAUGAGUUCUAUUUACUGGCCUAUCUGGUCCUCCAUGGUCGUGUCAUGCAGAAGCUUACUGUGGUUACCUCAAGGGAAAUCAACAACCAUGGAAACCCUGCAGUAUACCGAAGUGUAGCUGAGAAACUGUAUGCAUUGAGACGUGCCUCACAACAUCUGCAAAUUACCAUUUUGUAAAGAGAAAUAACAAAAUUUGAUGGAUGUUUUAAUUAUUUUCGUGUGCGUUUGAAGUUUGAAGCUCAUGUAGUCACUGUACUAUUACUCGAUUCUUAUUGUAGUCCCUCAGUUUGGGUUUUGAA